UUCAAAGAAGGGCCCGGUAGAACACAAUAGUAAAGUAGUUCACUAAGCUCCACAGUUCCAAUGGCCUCUACAUAUGUUUGUUUUCUAUACAACUUAUGAAGGCUUGACAAAGAUGAAAGAAACAGAACAAUUUUAACACUUGACUUUACUUACCUAAUUCUGUUCUGUUUCAUCCUUUUGUUUAGGUGAUUUCCACUUCGAUGAUGGACGAGGAAUUGAAAGUCUCCUUACCGUUGCUACAAUGCAGAUGGUUGACAAUAAGUUCUUAUGUUUCAAAAGUUUCCUUCCUCAUGCUAGACAAACUCUUAAGGUCGACUCCUAAUUUGGAAAAUUUGAUGAUGUUUCCUGAUUUGGAGGACUUCUCAAUUUUUCAGAACGCGGAAAAAGACACUGAGGCGCUGGAAUUAUAUGACCCCCUCUCAUUUCAAGAUAACAUAUUCAAAGAUCAUUUACAGAAUUUGAAGAUUGUCAAGGUUAUGCCAUUUUGUACAUCCGAAGCAACAGAGCUCGAUCAAUUCUUGAAGUUCUUACUUGAGCACGCGAUAAAUUUGGAGAAACUGGUUAUACUGCCAGAGCAUAAGGGAUGCAACAAUUGCGCUACUAAUACCUCACAGUUGAGAAAGUGUUUGUCACUUUUUCCAAGAGCUUCUAUGAGUGCAGUUAUUUCCUUAGGACCAGUUACCAAAAAUGUUUUUAAUACUCUUUAGUUAUGUUUGAAACUCUCUUGUGAUUAUAAGGACACAAGGCUGGGAUAUCGUGAUUAUAAUUUGGAUAUUGCUUGUAAUUUGUUUUAACUGACAUUGUGAUUUUAGUAGUUUUUUUCUUUCUAUUCGUCAGUGUGUAAUUAUUUCUAGAUGAUGCACAAGUCGUAAAGUUUGAGUCCAGAGUCGAAGGAGUCAUUUGUUUCUUCCAAAAUGCUUAAAGGGCCACUGAAAUACUUUUAAAAUCAAAACGGACAAUUCGUUGCUCCAACAACAAGAUCCUUUUUUAUUAAUGUCCGAAAUUCGCCCUUUACCUUAACCUGAGGUUUGUGUUCGUAAAAAAGAGAGAUGGUUGGCAUCUUCCCCCACAGACUAUGGUUUUAUCUGUUACCACAUAUUCGUUCAAGGCAUUCGACCUCUCUGAGAUUAGUAAAAGGAUGUACUUAUUCCUUAGCAAGAAAUCUCAUUU